ACAGGCAGGGAUUUAUCCAGGACACCAUCACUAGCAAGUUCCUCCUCCUUGUCCUUAAUGCUUAUCAACAUAAUGGAAGCAGUCUCCACCCAGCCACAGUGUCAGAAACAGCAUUGGGUCCAGGCAUGAGCAAGGCCUUGAAACACAGUCCAGAACUGGUGACCACGCACGGACCCCAACACCCUUCCCCUCCCCCGACUUGUCGGAGGAGGAAGUGGAUGACAACCCCAGAGGACAUCCCUUUGUCCCUGAGAAUGGGGAUAGAUUAGGCAGGAACAUACCCCACGCAGAUCGCCAGAGGUCUGUAUUUGGACUUUCUUACAACUACAUCUUCAGUCAGAUACACAGAGACGCCCACAGGUGUCUGACUGAAGCCAUCACAUCCCCCUUCCAGAGAAGAUGCAAUAAGAUGAGGAUUAUUGCUCUGUCUGCGGACUCCAGACUGAUCAUGGCCAUUGUGGAGGUCAUCGUCAAGCAGAUCAACAACAGACUGGCCAUGUUCAUGCAAAAUCAAGGUGCCAGUCAAGCUCCUUCAACCAGCACUGGCUCUCAGAGCAGACAGUUUGCUGAACAGAUGCUGCAAACUGUAACUACCACAAUAAAUGGCCACAAUCUGGGACACAUGGCGCUGACUCGGAUGUCUGUAACAAGAACCGUUUUUGAAGUCGACAGAAGACCAUUUGCAGUUCAGGUUAUCCUAGCAACCAUCACCAGCAUCCAGCGGGGUCAGAGUGGCAGUCAGGCAGAUUGUGAGACUCCAGCGUUUUCCAAUUCCACAUACUUCUUGGCAGCGUUGGCGUCCGAGGUGCAGAAUUUAUUGGUCCAGUGACCCAGAAUGUCAGGCAGCGACCCUCUGCUCAACCAGUACCGGGCAAAGAUCACCAUGGCCGUCAAGAUGAACAUUUCAGAGAUGAACGGCAAGUCACUGAGGGAUUGGUCCCUGGCAAAAAGGGCCUUCCAGCUAGGUCCUCACCAAAACACGUCAUCGGCCAGUGACUUGGUGGAUUUGGUGCUUGACGACAUCCAGGACGCCCUUGAAUAUCUAGACUACCAGGCAUUAUCCAGGCACCAGAGCCCCAGCUGCAGUACUGGGAUUGAAGUCCUUGACACUGAUGUCAUGGCCAGGGACAUGGUCCUGAAAGCUGCAAACAAACUUAAGGAAUCCAUGUCUGAGUUUGACCUGGAGGGAGAAUCGAGCACAUGUCAGGUCAGCAGUGAAACUUCAAAUGAUUCAAGUCUGUCUCACUCCAACACUGACCUGAGGACACUUUGUGUCCGGUCGACAGAGGCUGUCAGAACAAUCCUGCAGACCACUAAGACAGAGCUUGACAGUCACUCGGAUGAGUCUUUCAAUCCAAGCCAGAGAGCUAGGAACCUUCUUGCACGUCUAGCGGCAGGAGUUGAGAGCAUUGAUGAUCUGGAAAUUGAUGUGAUGCUCCAGGGACGCUCGGAAGUCAUGGAGCCAGGAACAAUGAGCCAACACCCGGUCAUUCUGUCCAGUGCUUUCUACUGCUCCCUGCUCAUCCAAUGUUCAUUGCCACCCUCAAACAUGGUUCAGGAAACAGUUUUCCUAAGCCACCCUGUCAUCUCACAGAAUGUGACUGCAGAGAUGAAAAAGCAGCAUUCCUCUGAUAUUCAGACCAACAGACAAUUGACAGAAUUCUUUGCAGGGGCCAAAAGGAAAGUGACUCAGGUCAUACAAGAUGCUGCUUUGUCCAUGGGCGUACUAAUGUCACAUGUAACCCCAAGGAACAUUGCUGAAGCAGCAACACAUGUUCUCGAGUCCCUUUUUAGUGGACUUGAACAAAGCAACUGAGGAAAACAGGACUGAGGGGAAGCGGUUCUGGGAGCAGGUCAAGGCAUCUUUGCAAACAAUGGACAGAACCGCUGUGGACCAGCUGAGACAAAUAUUUACAGGGAGAAACCACAGUGACAAACAAGACCACCAGGAUCCCUGUGUCACCGAUGUCACCAUCCAGGACCUGGAAGUGCCUACCAACAAUGACCCAACAUUGGCAGUUAGCCAGGAGUCAGUCAGACGCAGUGCCAAGCAGAUUCUCAGCAAUGUUCUGAAUGUGAUCGCGGCCGAUGAGACUGUCUCUGAACACUCAUCUGUGGAUGAGCAGCUGAUCAAUGAACGCCUGGUUGCCACUGAGAUGUUGGACUCCAUUAUAAACCAACUAAGAGAUGAUGAGUCUGACGUUAACAAAGAGGACCGUCUUCAUGAAUUGACGGUCCGUGACAUAUUCCAGGAUGUCUCACCUGAAAUCACUCAGGUUUACAUGGUAUUGAGUACCCAGGAUAUGCUGAAGGAUGAUGCAUCUACUGUAACCUCUGUGGAUGUUGUGUCUAUUGGAUUUUCCAGAUAUUAUCAGUAUUAUCAGUAUCAGUAUUAUCAGGAAAUAUUUAAAUCUUAUUAAUUUAUUACUAUAAAUUACAUGUGACACAAUCCUGAUCCUUAACCAUAUUUGUUCUCUUCUGCCUGCAGAUCAUUUCCCCGGGCCAGAGAUGUCUCUUUCCGGGCCCAGGUACCCACAGGUCAUGCACCAGUCAUGGCUCCAGUGACCUUGACAAGGAGCUGAUGUCUGAGCUCCACGCCAACUGCCCUGACCCCGCAUUGCCCCCAAGGUGCAGCUUGAUAGGUACUGCCAACGCUGAGACCAGCCACGUCUCCUCUUCCAAAGGGAAGAAGAAGAGCCAAGCUGGAGUUUUGGCUGCUGCCUGAGGUUUCCAACGGUGUUCAAGAAUAGAGUGGAACCAGAGAUCCUCCCUACUCCUACCGAGCUGCCUCCACAGCAUUUCGGCACAUCUCGAGUUGCGCUGGAUCAUGACCGUGCCAUACCUGAGGAAGACCUGCCAACAGAACCUGCACGGAAAUUCCGUAAACCUCCCCUGCUGGUCAGGGCAUUCCGGGCCAUCUGCAAAGCCAUGUCGAAUCCAUUCAAGGGCUGUGCUUUUAGCAAGAAGUGUUGGCCAUCUACAUCAAUAAGCAUUUUUCUCUCAUAUAGCCUGUUCUACAUUCCCUAACAUCAAUGAACACUUGCUGAGGUUAUACUUGCAUGUUAAGCAUUUCAUUGAACAUUAUUGAGGGCAA